UUCAGCCGUGGAAGAUCAAAUAAUAAAAUAAACAGAAAAAAAGGGAAAAAAACAAACAAUUAAAGAAAGAAGCAAGUUAUCAUUGCUUGAAGAAAGAAAUGGCUGGUAAGGUCAAGCUGAUACUGACAGGUGUUCCCAAUUCCUAAAUGCAUAUGGAAUGAGAAAUAGUUGAAAGAAGAAGCAUAACUUGGACUGGGUUUGGAGCUCCAAAUCCAAAUGGUCGGCAAAGCAAUGGCCAGGAAGCGAACCACUCGAGCCAGAGCCACUUUCUUGUUCAUUGUCUUCGUCUCUCUUGUGGCCUUCGGCAUCUUUGUCCCUGUUUUUGCUCUUUUCCCUCCUCUUUCUUCCCAUCACCAUCACCAUUCUAGCCCCAAAACUGUUGUUGGUAGAAAAUUUGAAAUUGCCGAUGACAAGUUUUGGAAAGAUGGUCAGGCAUUCCAGAUCAUUGGUGGUGACCUGCAUUAUUUUAGAGUUGUCCCUGAGUAUUGGGAAGAUAGGCUGUUGAGAGCAAAGGCGCUGGGGCUAAAUACUAUUCAAACUUAUGUUCCUUGGAAUCUACAUGAACCAAUAGCCGGCACUUUCAACUUUGAUGGUAUUGCAGAUUUAGUAACAUUUCUUAAAUUCUGCCAGAAAAAUGGCUUCCUCGUUAUGCUUCGACCUGGACCGUAUAUAUGUGGAGAGUGGGACUUAGGGGGCUUUCCUCCUUGGCUACUUGCCACAACGCCAACUCUCAAGCUAAGAUCAUCGGAUACUUCUUACCUGCAACUGGUUGAAAGGUGGUGGGGAACCCUACUUCCAAAGAUAUCUCCGCUUCUUUAUGAGAAUGGCGGUCCAAUUAUAAUGGUUCAGAUUGAAAACGAAUAUGGUUCAUAUGGAAAUGAUAAGGUUUAUCUUCAUCACCUGGUCAGAUUGGCAAAACUUCACCUUGGGGAUGACGUAAUCCUAUAUACUACAGAUGGAGGUACGAGGGAAACUCUUAAGAAAGGAACAAUAACCGGAGAUUCUGUAUUUUCGGCUGUGGACUUCACAACUGGUGAUAACCCUUGGCCUAUAUUUGAGCUACAAAAGAAGUUCAAUGCUGCUGGGAAAUCGCCGCCACUUUCAGCGGAGUUCUAUACAGGUUGGCUGACACACUGGGGGGAGAAGAUUGCGAAGACUGAUGCUGAUUUUACAGCAUCAGCCUUGGAAAGAAUUUUGGAGAGGAAUGGUUCGGCUGUUCUUUAUAUGGCACAUGGCGGAACAAACUUUGGAUUUUAUAAUGGAGCAAAUACUGGAGCAGAUGAGUCUGAUUACAAGCCUGAUCUAACUUCCUACGACUAUGAUGCACCCAUUAGUGAGACAGGGGACAUUAACAAUGCAAAAUUCAAAGCGUUGCGAAGAGUUAUCGAGCGGUACAGUUCAGAAUCUCUUCCUUCUGUUCCACCUGAUAGUGAAAAGACAGGAUAUGGGCCCGUUCACUUUAUAAAGACGGGGAACUUACUUGACAUGCUACCUCUUUUUGAUGUGAUUGAAUCUGAAAAUCCAAUGACAAUGGAGUCUGUGGGCCAGAUGUUUGGCUUCUUGCUAUAUGUAACUGAAUAUGCUGCAAAAGACAAUGACAAUGGAAGAACUCUUUCUAUACCAAAGGUGCAUGACAGAGCUCAAGUACUCAUAUCUUGCUCUUCUGAACAUAAUGGUGGACGACCCACAUAUGUCGGUGCAAUUGAAAGAUGGUCAAAUCAAAGACUUGCCCUUCCUAAUGCUAAAUGUGUCUCCAAUAUUAACUUAUUUAUAUUGGUAGAAAACAUGGGUCGUCUAAAUUAUGGACCUUACAUAUUCGAUAGCAAGGGAAUUUUAUCUUCUGUUUAUCUGGAUGGGACAAUCCUUUACAAAUGGAAAAUGUACAAGAUUCCCUUGGCCAACCUUAACGACACUCCAAGAACUAAUCCCAUCCUUGAGGCUUCAUAUUCUGGAUUCAUCGAUGUAACGGCGCGCAAAAGAUUAAAAGAAAAGUCUAGUAGGAUUCUAAAUACACAUCUUUCAAAAGAACCAGCAUUUUACACCGGCCAGUUCUACAUUGACAAAAGCCAAGUAAAAGAUACUUUCAUAUCAUUAAAUGGUUGGGGUAAAGGGAUAGUAACUGUCAACAAUUUCAAUAUUGGGAGAUUUUGGCCGUCAGUAGGUCCACAAUGCAACCUCUAUGUUCCUGCUCCAAUCCUCAAGCCUGGGGAAAAUGUUGUGGUGAUAUUUGAGCUGGAAUCUCCAAACCCAGAACUUGUCAUAAGCUCUGUUGAUCGGCCAGAUUUUACAUGCGGUUCAACUUCAAGUAAACUAAACGUCCAUCGUCAGCUUAAUGCCAUCACUUUGCCCAACUCACAAUCUCUUGUACUCAAAUUAUAGGCUGACAAGAAAUUCUUCUCUUU